GCGAGAAGCACUUGCGUUUCCGCUCGCUCAUGCGCAGAUCGUCAGCCACGUAUUCUGAUCCAGCUCUGCAAGAUAUAAGUAGUUACAUUUGACAGAAGCAUGCCUUUACGUCUUGACAUCAAGCGGAAGUUGUCUGCUCGAUCUGAUCGGGUGAAAUGUGUUGACCUUCAUCCCUCAGAGCAGUGGAUGUUAGCAAGUUUAUACAAUGGAAAUGUUCAUGUGUGGAACUAUGAAUCACAGCAACUUAUCAAAUCAUUUGAAGUCUGUGAUCUGCCAGUCAGGACCGCCAGGUUUGUGGCCAGGAAGAACUGGGUCAUCACUGGUUCUGAUGACAUGCACAUCCGUGUGUUCAACUACAACACUCUGGAGAGAGUGCAUCAAUUCGAAGCCCACUCCGACUACCUCCGUGCUAUAGCAGUUCACCCCACACAGCCCUACAUCCUCACCAGCAGUGAUGACAUGCUUAUCAAGUUGUGGGACUGGGACAAGAAAUGGGUGUGUACUCAGGUGUUUGAGGGACACACCCAUUACGUCAUGCAGAUCGUCAUCAACCCUAAAGACAACAACCAGUUUGCCAGUGCGUCCCUUGACAGAACAGUCAAGGUGUGGCAGCUCGGUUCCUCAAACCCUAACUUCACCCUGGAGGGUCAUGAAAAGGGGGUCAACUGUCUGGACUACUACACAGGGGGAGAUAAGCCAUACCUUAUCUCUGGAGCUGAUGACAGACUUGUGAAGAUCUGGGAUUACCAGAACAAGACCUGUGUACAGACAUUAGAAGGCCACGCACAGAACAUCUCCGCUGUCGCCUUCCAUCCAGAGCUGCCCAUCAUCCUUACUGGCUCAGAAGAUGGUACAGUGCGAAUCUGGCACGCCAACACCUACCGUCUUGAGAGCACCCUCAACUAUGGACUUGAGAGGGUUUGGACAAUCAGCUGUCAGAAGGGCUCCAACAACGUUGCCCUUGGAUAUGAUGAAGGCAGUAUCAUCAUCAAGCUGGGGCGGGAGGAGCCAGCAAUGUCCAUGGAUGCCAGCGGGAAGAUCAUCUGGGCCAAGCAUGCAGAGGUGCAACAAGCCAACAUCAAAGCCAUCUCUGACCAGGAUAUCCAUGACGGAGAGCGUCUCCCCCUAGCAGUGAAGGAUAUGGGAAGCUGUGAAAUCUACCCCCAGACCAUCCAACACAACCCUAAUGGAAGGUUUGUUGUUGUGUGCGGAGACGGAGAGUACAUCAUUUACACCGCCAUGGCACUGCGGAACAAGAGUUUCGGCUCAGCCCAGGAGUUUGUGUGGAGCAAUGACUCUUCUGUGUAUGCAAUCCGAGACGGCGGAACCUCUGUCAAAAUUUUCAAGAACUUUAAAGAACAGAAAUCUUUCAAGCCAGACUUUGGAGCCGAAGGUAUAUUUGGUGGUUGCAUGUUGGGAGUCCGGUCUGUCAGUGGUCUUGCCUUCUACGAGUGGGACAGCACUGAACUUAUUCGGAGGAUCGAGAUCACCCCCAGACAUAUAUUCUGGAGUGAGAACGGAGAGUUGGUGUGUAUUGCCACGGAUGAGUCUUUCUUCAUCCUCAAGUACAGUCAGGAAGCCGUUGAGCGAGCUAGGGACACCAAGGAGGGAAUCAACGAGGACGGCAUUGAGGAGGCCUUCGAGGUUAUGGGUGAGAUUGAGGAGACGGUGAAGACAGGGUUGUGGGUUGGCGAUUGCUUCAUCUACACCAACGGCGUCAACAGACUCAACUACUACGUUGGCGGAGAAAUUGUGACCAUUGCCCACUUAGACAGGGUGAUGUACCUGCUCGGAUACAUCCCCAAAGACAACCGCCUGUACCUGGGAGACAAGGAGCUGAAUAUCGUCAGUUACUCCCUGCUGGUGUCCGUGCUGGAGUACCAGACCGCGGUGAUGCGGCGAGACUUCGAGACGGCAGACAAGGUCCUGCCCACUGUGCCCCGUGAACAGAGAACCAGGGUCUCUCACUUCCUCGAAAAACAAGGCUUCAAGUCACAGGCUCUGGCAGUGACGUGUGACCCCGAACACAAGUUUGAGUUGGCCAUCGGUUUGGGAGACUUGAAGAUCGCAUACACCCUUGCCAAGGAGAUGGAGUCUGAACAGAAAUGGAAGCAGCUGUCUGAGCUGGCCAUUAGGAAGUGUGAGUUCGGCCUGGCCCAGGAGUGUCUCCACCAGGCGCAGGACUUCGGGGGUCUGCUGCUGCUCGCCAGCUCUGCGGGCAACUCCGAGAUGGUCGCUCGACUCGGAGAGACCGCAGCCAAGUCUGGACAGAACAACGUAGCUUUCUUGUCCUACUUUUCUUUAGGAAGGCUUGAAGAUUGUCUCGAGGUUCUGGUCUCAACAGGCAGAUUACCUGAGGCAGCGUUCUUUGCCCGAACAUAUCUCCCAAGUCAAGUGUCAAGAGUUGUGUCGUUGUGGCGGGGGAGUCUGGCCACAGUCAGCAAGAAGGCUGCAGAUUCACUGGCUGACCCAACAGAGUACGAGAACCUGUUCCCAGGACUCAAGGAAGCCUUCAGGGCAGAACAGUUCAUGCAGAGCCAGCGGCGACGCCUACCCCCAGCUUCGGCAUUCCCAAGCAUACCAGCCAACACAGAGCGGAACCCCCUGGAGGAGAUGAGGCAGGCAGAGGAGUCUGGGGACUUUGUAUAUGCAGCACCAAUAGAUGGAGAUGACACAUCCUUGGACGAGCCACAACAAUCAGAACAAACACAAAAGCCUGUUUCCUCGCCCCCUCCAGUCAGCAAACCCACCCCCAAGGCAGCCACCCCACCCCCCGAGGCCAAGUCUGCCUCACAGACUGUAGCUGAUCUAGAGAAAGAACUGGAGCUGGACCUCGAAAAUAUCAAAAUAGAUGAUAACAUUGAUACUUCUGAUGUUUUGAAUGAUGAUGAUGAUGAUGUUGAUGAUGAAGCUGAGGUACCGGAUGUGAAUCUAGAUGAAGAUCUCGAUCUUGAAGACGACUGAUUCCGUGGGCAGUAUCUGAUGCCAUCAUCAUCAUUGUGAGAUGUAUAUAGACGCUGACAUACUUGUACAUUACACAGUUCACUCGUUGGGAAAUAUUGCUAUUUAUGAACUAUCGCUUGUUAUCCGAAGUACAUGUCGUGAUAAGUGCUCUGGAUAUGACAUAGGUGUCGAAGAACAUUAAUUCUAAAUAUAUAUUUUCACAGUGUGUGAUAAAUGUGAUAACUGCCGUCUCAUAACUAAGACUACACACACAGAACAGUGUGUCGAUUAUUCCCAAAGCUGCAUGAUUGGCUAGGAGGUUUGCAUUCCUGUUUCCAUCUUGUCCUGCCGGGUACCCAUUUACUACUGGGUGGAGAGUUGUAUUGAUAAUAUUGUUGCCUUAUGAUGUGGUUUGAUAAGCAAGGUAGGUUUGUUGCUCAUGAUCAGCUGAAAGAUAAUUCAAGUAUUCAAGCAUUAUAGGAUAUAUACCAUGCAUGGGCAUUGUCUGGUUUAAUAAAACCUUGAAUUGUCCAAGUCCAAGUACAUGUAUUAGUAAGGAUAUGUCAAAAUGUCCAGUUCAUUUUUUUCAAAUCAGAUAUUUUCUUCAAUUUUUAGCCAAGAUUCAUCCGUGGUAUAUCUCAUGUAGAUUAUAUAGGAGUUUUGACAAUAUCCACACUUGCAAGUAUCAGAUUUGUCCACAUUGAUCAUAUCUUGUAUAUUUCACUGUGAAAGAAGUGAUGUUUGCUCACAGUUAAACAAGUGAAAUGUUGAUCUUUCUUUCAUGGUGGAGAUAACUGAAGAAGUUAGCUGCCAUUAAACUGACUUUGGUCAUCACUGUAUAUGCUGUAUGUUCGAAUCACUUGGGUCCACUCCAUUGUACAUAGGGUAUUAUGUGUUUGACAGCCAGAGUAUAUGUAUGAAAUACGUGUCAAAUACUUCCUGUUCACAUACUAGUGAAUAAAAUCUAAAGUGCAA